GCGCACUCCGGCUCCCCAGUCGAGCUCGUCGUUGAUCCAGAGCUGCGCGACAUGUCUACCCAGGUUCGGGCAGUGGACCUGGGCCUGGGGGACAAGCGGUUCCAGGGCAAAGAUGCGCAGAUGAUUCUGGCCAUCACGUGCAAGCUCCUGCUCAGCCUGGACAUGCAGGUGAGGGGGCUGCGCAGCAUCAUGCUGGAUUGCACCCAGCUUCCGACCAACCACGAUUACGUGCAGCAGGGCUACGCGGAGACCAAGAAGUGGAACGAGAAGUUCCAGAAGCUCAAGGACGACGGCUUCCCCCGCAGAAGCCGCCUGGCCGCGGCGGGCAAGCAGAGCGAUCUCGAGACAGUGGAGAAGUAUUGCCCCGAGGAAAGGAAAGUCGGGCAGCUGCUGGAGACCGUCAAGUUCGUGCGCCUCAAAAAGAUGCACGACAGCGAGUUGAGGCGCCUCGAGGUGAACGUUCGGGAGCCGAGCGACAGCUAUGAGAUCUACAUGAUAAUGAAGGCGGACAUGCUGACGAUCACUGGCAGCGCAGCGCUCACGGGCAUUGCCCCUCCGGGGGACCUCAACCAGAAAAUCCAAGGGUUCAUCAACAAG